CCGCACUACAGCGGUAUAGUCAAAGAAACAAGCAAGGUCAAUCAUCAAUGGCUGCCACUGAUUCACCUGUCUCCUGUUAUGAUCGGAUGAAGGAAGUGAAGGAGUUCGACGAUUCCAAGAUCGGCACCAAAGGUCUCUCCGAUUCCGGCAUCACCACCAUCCCUAGGUUCUUCAUCCACCCACCGGAAACUCUCGCCGGCCUGAAAUCAUCAUCUUCCACUUCCGCCGGCAUCCCGGUCAUCGAUCUCUCUCAUCUCAACUCCGAUGACCACCGGCGUAAGAUCGUCGAACAAGUCUGUGAAGCUGCGAGAACUUGGGGUUUCUUCCAAGUGAUCAACUAUGGAGUACCUGUGUCAGUGCUCGACGAGUCGAUUGCUGCUAUCAAAGCGUUCCAUGAGCAGCCGAGAGAGAUGAAGGCAAAGCACUACGUACGUGAAGAGGGACGGGGUGUGAUGUAUGCUAGCAACAACGAUCUGUAUCGAGCAAAGGCUGCUUGCUGGCACGACUCGCUGCAGGUUUGGAUGUCACCGGAGCCACCAAAGGUGGAGGAAAUACCGGAGGUGUGCCGGAGAGAGGUGGUGGAAUGGGACAUACAUGCUAAGAAGGUGGCUGAUACAGUGAUGGAGCUGUUAUCUCUAGGGUUAGGGUUGGAGGCUGGAAAGUUCAAAGAAUUAACAUUUUCUGAUGCUAGGGCUUUUGUGGGCCACAUCUAUCCCUACUGUCCACAAUCUGAUCUGACGAUGGGAAUUACAUCUCACACUGAUCCUGGGAUUGUUACUGUUUUGCUGCAAAAUCAAGUGCAGGGUCUGCAGGUUAAACAUGGUGAGGAGUGGGUGGAUGUGAAACCUUUGCCUGGAGGAUUGAUUAUUAACAUUGGUGACUUUCUUCAGGUAGUCUCUAAUGGCGAGUACAAAAGUGUGCAACAUCGAGUGUUGGCAAACUCCUCCAGGGAACCAAGAAUCUCCAUCGUAAUGUUCUUCAACCUUUGCAAAUGGAACGAAUCUGGUUACUAUGGACCUCUGCCGGAGCUAUUGACGCCCGAGAAACCCGCGAUUUAUCGGAAUUUCACAAUGCAAGAAUUUAAUGACAAUUUUUAUGGCAAGGGUUUGGAUAGCAAGUCUCUGAUUGAAAGAAUUACUUUGUGA